UUUCUCCUUUUACCCCCCAGACCGUCUGAACUGCCUCCAGCACACGGACUGCCCCCCAUUCAGCUCCUGUGUGGAUGACGGGGGGCACCUGGUCUGUGUCUGUGACGUCGGGUGUUAUUUCCACGCGGGCCUGGGCUGUGUAGUAGCCAAGACGUUCCCUGCGCGAGUGUCGCUGCCAGUGCUUAGCCAGGACCACGAUCCGUCCAGCAAAUGGCUCCCUGCUGAGCGCAUGCGCGACCUGUUCCAGGUGGCCCUGAGGGGUGCAGACGGAUACCUGUCCACAGCUGUGACCGCUGUAGAUCCGGCCGGAGGACACGCCGUGCUCCUGCACUACUUUUCCACGCUGAGCCCCGUCACCGCGCAGGAUCUGGAGAAUGAACUGAUUCACUCAUCUCUGCUCUGCUCUAAUUCCAGCUGUGUGUUCAGCACAGACUCCUAUCACAGUAUGAGCCUGUGCGAUUUGGAGAUGUGUGACCCGUCCUCCACCGUCUGUCUCUGGCGAGACGGCCUGGUUUCCUGUGACUGUCGGGAGGGUUAUUACCAGUUCCACGCUGGGGACCGGUCCUGUACCGCCUGUCCGAGUGGCUUCCGCUGGAAAGAUGACAGAUGCCUGAGGUGCCCCUUUGGGUUCAGUGGAUUCAGCUGCGAAGAACCUUUCUUACUGACGGUCGUCAUCGAAUCCUGCGUCAGUUGUGUCCUCCUCGUCCUGUUCUUCACCCUGCUUCACUCCUAUAUCCGGAGGAAGAAGCCCACGAAGCCUUCUCUGAUGGACAGCGUGAUUCGGGGGGCCCCCAGCGACGAGCACAUCAUCAGGUUACCGAGAGCCCAGUUCUCCUGGAGGAAUAACUGGGAAUGGGAGGAGCCACCAGUGAGCCAGAUGGCAUCUACUCGCCCAGACAAGGACCCCGUUUUGGAGUUUCCGGAGAUCCGGCUGAAAACCUUUGGUGAUUCGCCGAGGGCUGUUGUUUCGAGUCCCCAGCGGGGCAGCCACAACCUGGCCUUCAUCAGUGAUAACUAA